AAACCACUCUCCCAGGACGACGGUGACGAAGAACAGCAGUUCGGCGUCGCCCCUCGCGUCCAAAACCGCCACAAGCGCCUCCUGUUCCACAUCCUUGCUGUAGCAGCAGUCAUGUACGUCUCCUUCCUCGGUGUGCGGGCGAUCUCCCGCUCUUCCAAGAUGCGGAUGGGAAAGCCAUGCCAUGCCGUGCACCGUAACCUCUCGUCGCUCCCGAGCCACUACACGCUGCCUUCGGGGCACAAGAUCCCUUCCGUCGCGCUCGGCGUUUGGAAGGCUGAGAAGGACCAGGUCGGAGACGCUGUGAAGACCGCCCUGAAGGCCGGGUACAAACACAUCGAUGGCGCUUGGGUGUACAGAAAUGAGGCAGAAGUCGGCCAAGCGCUGCGAGACAGCGGCGUGCCUCGCGACCAAGUUUGGCUCACUUCCAAGCUUUGGAACAGCUUCCACGCGCCCGAAGAUGUGGAGGCUGCCCUCGACAUAUCGCUGCAGGCACUGGGAACGGAAUAUCUCGAUUUGUACCUUAUCCACUGGCCCAUCGCAUUCAAGAAGGGCACGGACAACGUGCUCGACGAGGCGCUGACUGCGAACCCGUACCCGACGUGGAAGAAGCUCGAGGAGCUCGUCGACAAGGGCAAGGUCCGCAACAUCGGUGUUAGCAACUUCAAUAUUGCUAGACUGCGCAACCUGACCGCGAACCCGCUCAAGUACAAGCCCGCCGUCAACCAGGUUGAACUCAACUUCUGGAACCCUCAGCCUGAGCUCGUCAAGUGGGCGAAGGAGAAUGAUCUGGUCCUCGAGGCCUACUCGCCCCUCGGUAGCAACAACCAGGUGAAGGAGACCCUGAACGUCCCGGAGGUCCAGGCUAUCGCGAAGGAGCUCGGCAUCACGCCCGCGCAGGCCAUCAUCUCGUGGCACGUCCAGCGCGGUACUGUGGUUCUGCCGAAGAGCGUCACCCCGUCGCGCGUGGUCGAGAACCUCAACGUGGUCAAGCUGCCGGAGGACCUCUUCAACAAGCUCGAGGCUGCUGCUGCCGCGCACCCGCCGAAGCGUGUCGUGAACCCUUCGAAGGGCUGGGGUCUCUCGUUCGACAUCUUCGACGACGACGGUGUUGUCGUACCCAAGGCAUAAGGUGGCGGCGGGGAGGACCGGUGCACUGGUCGCGUAAGCAACCCUGAUAGCAGUAUUGUACACGCAGAGGCGGUAUGUUCGGUUCCUUUGACCUGUUGUAGCUGAGUUGCGAUGUAAUACUCGCAGAUAAUCAGUUGUUGUCCAAACACCGACCGGACGGCGUGCGUCUACCCAAACUUGCCUUUAGAAUUUCUGCCAAAGGAGGUACGCUACAAAGUCUAUGAUAGGUGUAAUUUCCUGUUUGAAUACACUCAUCUGCCGAAAGCGCGGUCGUCGUUAUAGUGGCGCGACACUCGAUUGAUUAUUGUUUUUGUAUGCCCGGAUUAUUGUCCAAGGAGCUAUCUGCUACUUCAGCUAUACAGGCG